CGGUUGCGUCGACGACCACAAAGACGACAUCCGCCGUUUUUACGAAUUUACUCCCGUUCACUAGAUACAGAGUGAUCGUCACUGGUUUCCGACGUCACGUGUCGACACCCCCCGCAACGCUCGAUUUCAAAACAAAACGCAACGCUCCUGUUGCUCCCACGGAUUUAAAAAUUCAAAACUUUGGGUCUAGAGAUGCAACGAUCAAUUGGUCUUCACCACCUCAAACGACGCCAAACGACGUCAACAUAGAAUACAAAAUUUUCGUUGUAUUUAAAAAUGAAACUGCGUCGUCACAUCUAGGUCAGAGAGAUAUCGUGUUGCCGAAGUCGGAGACGCGAGUAAUACUGCGGCAACUGAUACCAUCGACUACGUACUACGUGUGGGCUGCAACUGCUAGAAACGACGGUAAAGUCUCCGAGCAGAUGAGUCCCUUAGUUGGACCAAUAAACUUUACAACCCUGGAGGAAGCUUCGUCACCUCCUCAAAAUGUUUAUUAUUUUAACGUCACUUCUCAGUCGGUUUUGAUCACGUGGUCGACGCCGAAGAAUGUGUACGGAGAGAUCGUUCAAUACAACGUGUCGUUGAUACCGUCUGAUGGCUCGACUAUCAGCCGCAUCCUACUGGUCGACAGAACGGGCCCAGAUCUCUCGGCUACCAUUUCUGGCCUUGAAUCCUACACCAAAUAUGUCAUCGAGGUUCGUGCUGGCACUUUAGCCACAAAUUCAAAUUCAAACAUCUUGUGGAGUGAUCCUAACGCAAGAGUGACUUUCGUUACAGAUCAGACAGCUCCUUCCCGUCCGGGUGCACCUCAGCUUACAACUGUACUCUCUCGUUCCGCUUUAAUCCAUUGGAAAGCACCAAAUCAGACGAACGGAGACAUUCAAUAUUACAAACUGACUCUCUACGAGAAGAAGAACCCGGAAGCUUUAACGACCGCAGAUAACUACGGUUGGAGAAUCAUUCGUAAACAUCGCAUCAGCAACGGCACGCGUACAACACAGCUAACCAAUCUCUCACCAUACACUUGGUAUAAAAUUUCAGUAAGUGCAGUUAAUGUCUACAACAGAUUAGAAUUGGAGAGCAAUGAGACGUCGACGGUAUUCCGAUCCACUGAUGAAAUGCCAACUGUUCCGUCCAACUGUUCUGUCGUUAAGAGAAGAACGACGUCCAUUCGUACGUCGUGGAGUCCUCCUUUUCCGUUUGACUUUAAUGUAGUUUACUACCACGUUAUGGUCACCAACUCACUCAAUGGAAAAUCGACGGAGAAAGUUUUGAAAACAAAGAAUCACAAAAUCAAAGCAACGGGUUUACUUCCAUACACAACGUACAAUAUAACAAUAUCCGCCGUCACAAACAACACAAAAACUUUGCAAGGACCCCCUUGCCACCUAAGAGCUCGAACAAAAAAAGGUGGAGAAAAACCACGUGUCGUCGCCGUCAACGAGACAAAAGAAAAACAUUCAAUUGUCUUUAAUUUUCGAGCUCCUAACAAUACGAAUGGUCACUUCAAGUCUGUUCGGGUCGUGAUUGCUGAGCUACAGGCUGGAGUUCCGUCGUUGAAAAUAUUGACGUCGCCUGGCACUAAACACGAUGGUGUCAAUCAAGCGUACGUACUAAAGCCAAACACUUCGUACGCGCUCUACGUUAGAUGGAUCACAGAAGAGGAUUCUGGAAACGAACUGACGUCAGACCGAGCAGAUGCCACGUCUUUGAUUGAUCCAUACGUGAAAGUGUCGUCGGUGUCUUUGUCACCUAUAUUAUCAUUGUCAUCAUUAUUACACUCUGGAUCGAGUCUCUCGUCUCCAAAGCCACUGCCACCACCAUUGCUGAUGUUCACGCCGUCUCCGCCAUCCGUUCUUCCUUCGAGCUCCGCAUUGUCGUCGACACCGGCAACAAGCGAUCAAAGGGAUCACCAUCGUCAUCGCAAUCGUGUUUCUCAUGAAGACGGUCCCCAUUGCAACAACUAUCCUAACUCCAGUCGUCAUCAUUCAUCAUUAGCAGAGACAUAGUUAUACUGAUCAUUGCAAUCGGUACUAAGGGAUGUAUGCGUAUGACGUAAGUCUUCAGACUUAGCAAACUAUACUUGCUGUUGGUGAACAAAAUGGUUAAGAUAAAGUGAUUGGAUUCAGAUACGCAAAGUAGCUAGACGGUUGAUGUUGAGCACAAAUAUAUAAAUUAUUCGGAU